AUGACCGACAAAGAAACAGAUUCCUAUUUUAACGAGUAUGGGACGAGGGACAGAACGAGUUACUUUUUCGAAGGAAUCGGACAUGGACAUCGACGUCCGACGAAAGUGCAGCCAUCAACUGCGACUAAUAGUUUCGAGUAAGUACAAACAAUAAACAUACACGUCCCGGUGUAAUAUUCCGUAGUGUAGUUCACAAUAAUAUUCGGCUAUUGGCGUUUAAAUUUUUUUUUUAUAACAUUGUGUAUUAAAACGCGUUGCCUACAGUGGCGGCUACACGUAUAUAAAUUACGAAUUUAACUAUAUGGGCGAGGGAGAGAGAGCGCGAUUGAGUGACGGAGGGAGGGAGAGAAAAUUUAAUUGCGAAAAUAUUUCGGCGCGUACGCGCCCGAUAAACAAAGUGAUUGCACGAACUAUUAUAUUAUUAUCCGCAGUAGUUUUUGACAUCAUAAUAUCGUACAUAAUUACGGUAUCGUUAUUAUUGUAUUCGUGUAUCGGUGUAUACAUAUGGUAUAAAUAAUCAUAAUUCGCACGUUUUAUUCACGUGCAGCAAUAAUAUAAUAUAUAUAAUUGACGCAUAAAUUGCAGACGCACAGUUAGGUAGUGUUUCCCCACCACCCCCGCCCCCCCACCGUCACUUUGUUCGAUACAGUUUUGCAAAUUUGCCAUAAUCACGCAUUAAAUUACGUUAACGGGUUUUUCGAUAAUAAUAUGUAAUAUUAUUGUUUAAACGCGUGUCGAGGGCGAUAAAUUCGAAGUGCGCGUCGCCGGCUAUUACUGUAACAGUAGUUGGCUAAUACCCCCGUAUCAGGACGGGCCAGGAUUUUCUUUUUGUCGUUUUUGUUUUUGUUUUCUCAUCUCUCGUGAUGUUCGGUCGGAUAAAAAAAAAAAAAAAAAAAAAAAAACGUUUCCCUCGAGUUUAUGGAACUUUGAAAUUACAGGUGGUGGGUAUCAAAUCAAUCGAUCAAUAGCCGUGUUCCUUUUUGUUUUUAGGUCUAAACAUCGAUUUUUAAGAAAAAAAAAAAAAUGAUGAAUUUCAACAUUUCAACUCUAAACAAAUCUUCACGAUAAUUUCAACAAUUAAAUUUUUUACGAGCUAAAAUAGUGGUUUUCUUUUUUUCUUUAUGUAUCUGUUUAUUUUUUUUUAUACUAGUUAUUUUUGUACAUCUUAGUUUUUUUAUUUUGAAAUUAUUAUUUAGUCUAAAAAAUAAUAAUCACUAAUGAAACGGCUAUUUUUUUUUUUAUAUAGAUUUGAUGCUUGCGACCUCUAGAAAUCAUUUUAAAAACCUGACAAUUCGAGGAAAAUCUUUUGUUACCCGAUGUUCGAUCGAACAUAUUAAUAUGGACACACACGAAUUGCCAUCCUCGAAUUACCCUCCGUGAAUUUUUUUUUUUAAAAAGGUUACUUGAAUUACCUCCCGAUUUCAAAAAUAUCAUUCACUCGAAUCAUCUCCUAUCCUUAGGUAGUGGCCUUCUUGUAUCGGAACCGAUGUCUAUUUCGAUUUUUUAAAAUUUAAAAACAAUUAUACAUAGGUGCUAGGUACACGGCAUUAGUACACGUGUCAAUAGUAUACAUUAGUACACGGUAUUAGGCAAUAAGUCGAUGUCAAAAAAGCAAAUUUGUAUGUGUAUGGUAUCGAAAUUCCACGUAUUAAAAAUUAUUAAAAAAAAUAAUUAGUUAGUCAACUAAUCUACUGAUAAUCAGUUAUCGAUAAUAUUAUUACAUUUGACAAAUUAAUCUGUCUGGGAAAUACUAUGUGUAUAUAUUGUUGUUAUUGUUAUUAUUUUUUUCUUUAUUAAUAAUAACAAAAAAAAAAAAUUGAAAAAUCUGAUUGAAGAAGCCAUCCACCGAUGACACUUUUGAUGUAUUAUUAUAAAUAAUAAAAAUAAUAUUUUUGAACAUUGCGGGAAUCGAUAUAAUAAUCGAUAGUACACAUCGGUGUAUAAAUUAAUAAUAUUGGUGUGCUCUGGGAGGCAAUUCGAGAGGACGGUUUGCGUACACUCGAAUUGCUUCCGAAACACCCGGAUGCGAUUCGAGUGAAAAAAGGUCAUAUACCUGAAUUUGGGAGGCGAUUCGAGAGACCCAUUAAUAUCAUGACUAGAACGAAAGAAAAUUAAAUUAAAAUAAGAAAAUCCUGGUUCAUCCUAAAGGAUUGAAGGUAUAAUUAUUUUUGUUAAUCGGAAAAAAAGUUUUCCUCUCAGAACACAUCAUUUUUAAAACAAACAUGUUGAUAACGGUGAACGCUAUUUAUUUUAUUCGUUUAGAAUCUCUUAUUAAAAGGUAGGCUCAUAGCCACGGGGGGGGGAAAUAGAGGUAUUGCCCCCUUCUAUACCCGUUCAUUGUUCCCCCUAGGGCCUUCUAACAACACAAAAUUCGUUUUCUCUGUCUGUCUUGCACGUAAUAUCGCAAUAAAGACAUUCCGCACGUCCACGAUUCCUAUUUUCUGGUUGAAUUUAGGGCAAUUGGAUCUGUAGAAAAUUUUAUAAUAUAUAUAAAUAGUAUAUAUUUAAUAAAAACUUCAGUGAACGAUCGAUUUUUUUUUUUUGAUAUUUAAAUUUUUUAUCAAGGUAUGCGUGUUUUAAAUGAAUUUAAGUUCUCGUAAUUUUAAACGAUAACAACUCGUUAGAAUAAAUGAAAAUAUAUUAUUCAAAAAAUAAAUAAAAAUCAUUCUAAGAAGUCCUUAGUUAAUGACGAGACCCUUUGAGCAGUGUGCAAUAUAUUGUAAAUAACGGAACUGAUACAUUUUCGUCGAGCAAACGAUUACACAAUUCGAUUACAUCGCGCGAGGCGAUGACUGUACGCCAUUAAAAAAGACGAUGUUUGGCAAUAAAGCUCAUCGUAAAGAUAUAAAAAACAAAAAAAAUAAUGGAAAGUGACAACUCCCGCAGUUAUCCGUAAGUCGGACAAAAUCAGUAAGAGUACAGCGAGGUAUUUUAAUAUUAUACUAUAAUCCAUAAAAUAGUUAAUAAUAAAAAAACAAAACGCGUUAAAAACGAUGUACUAUGAUAUACAGGCAAACUUUUCGCGCUUUUCUUUGAAAAUAAUAAUGCAAUUAGAACGUUUAAUGGUCGGAACAAAGCGCUACGAUCGAGUGUUUUUUUUUUUAUUUUUUUUUUUUUUACAGUCGAAUAGUUUUUUUUCAAACGAUCGAAAUGUCAAUACGGUUAUUAUUACGUUGAAAGCCAACACAGAAAAUUGCACCUAUAGUGUGAAUAUGUUUCCGUUGCUGGUUAGACAACGACUGCAGCUAUAUUAGGUCGGUGACAUUUCACGCCCUGUACGAUAUUACAGUGCAUGUAUAAUUUCAUACAAAUUAUACAACAACGUUUUUUUUUUCCCUAAGCGUUCCAAUAAAACAAUAGGACGUUUAGGACUACGAUAUGAAGUUCAAGUGACGAAAAAAAAAAAAAAAAAAUGCUUUAUUGAUGAAUCGAUGACACACACAAACCUAUAUCGCCAUAUAUAAACGUCUCCUAUUAAGCAACACACUGUCUAUAAAUAUCAGUAUUUGUUAGAAUAGCCAUUGAGAUUAUAAAACUUCUGAGUUUUUAAUAUAAACGAAUUUAAAAAUAAAUAAAAAAAAAAAAACUGUUUUAAACAAGGGUAUUAAAUCUGAAUUUGUACCGCGUUUGGCUUUUAUUUCCGUUGUUACGUUACACGCGGCGCUGUAUAUUAUCAUAUUAUAAUUUCGCUGAUUAAGGGAUCCAAAAACUUUAGCUCCUAUUAUUUUUAUAAAUAUAUGUAUACGUACAUUGUGUUUAUGCCGCGACAAUUUUUAAACCUAUUUCCAGCAGCGGUGGCGGCGCGCCGUAGUUCGUAUAAUAACAAUAAUUCGCGCGGUAUAGUACGUGUUUUGAAUGAUAUUAAAGUGAAAAAAAAAAAUAAAAAAAAUAUAUAAUGAAAUAUACACCGAAAAGCCUACCGAAAAAAAUCGAUAUACGAAAACAAGAAUUUUAUUGCAACUUAGCGGAGUUUACCGGCAAUAAUUUUCAUAACGAAAAAUGUUCGCAAAGCGUAUUUUUUUUUUUUUGAAUUCAGAUUCGUAUUGCGCAAAAUCUAUUCGUUUUACACCAUGCAUUAUGUGUUUUUGUUACCCUAGGGAAACAAUUUGUUCGGUUAGUUCUCCGAUUUGUUCACGCAGUACCCAAUACGUAGCGUUUUUUCCGUCCGGUGAUACUUUGUUUGAACAUUUUUUUUCAAAUUUCCAACAAUUGUUUUUCUAAAAAAAAAAAAGUCAUAGUAAUAAUAACCAAACAAUAAUGGACGGGGCAAUACAUCGUAGUUUUGGUGUUGUUAGUUUCCGUGUUGCAUUGCCCACGAGACAAACAGAUACCUACAACCGUUACAUUAAGUUACCGAGAUUCGCCCAUAACCGUUCUUGAUAGGAAUGAUUUAUCGUUGCUUUCGGUACAUAAAAUACAUAUUAAACCCUAUGCUUUUUAUAUAACUUUCGAAAUUUCCGACUACAACAGGAGUGGCCUAAGAGAAAUAAGAAAUACGACUUUUUCGUCGAAUUUCCCCCGAAAAUAAAGACUAUUGCACUGCAGCUAUAUUGCGUUUUGUUAUACACGGACAUAUAAUUUUCUUGGCACUUAAGAACACCGUUUGCGGCUCCUUCUGGACCAAAUAAAUAUAGACUUGGGAAUUCGAAUUGUGUUAUGGAUGGAUUAAAGCGUGAUGAAAUGUUGGCUGAAUUUCAAUAUGCACUUUACCGUGUUGUCGAGGGAAAAGCGUUUUUUCAAGACUCGCACACCCCUUCAGACCACCUGAGUGAAGCCAUCGGCAUACACCAUUUAAGUAUCAUGUAUAUACUUUUUACGGGUUGCAACUUUCAAACCCCGAAUAUUUUUUUUCUUAAAUUUCGUUUUUCCGCAGGAAUAUACCGGGUUUCAAAAACUUAUCGAAACUCUGA